UAUUAAUAUAGAUGCAAUAACAAAUACCUCCUUCAUUUUUUGUUAGCAAUUUGAGUUGUAUGUCUGCCAAAUUCAGUCCAUUUGAUAUUGACAAGAUUGCAAUCACCUGUGCUGAUAAUUUUGGUAUUCAAGGUAAAGGACGUAUAAUAAUUGGAUAACUCCAACCAAAUUAGCCAAUCAAGAUAUUGUUUUAAGUAGAAGAAAGCGAUGCAGUUUUUGAUUGUAGUUGGAGUGAGGCUGAUCCAAAUGUAAUAGCAAUAGGAUGUGGAAAUGGACUCGUUAAAGUCUUGAAUGUAGGAACAUAAUAAAUUCUCACUUAAUAUCUAGAAUCAAAAGAAGAAAUCUAAAGUGUUGAAUUCGGACACAAAAAUCCAAAUUGGUUAUUAGCAUCUAAUUUGAUUGGAAUAACAAGAUUAUUUGAUAUUACAGCUUAGAAACCUGUAGCAUAUUUCCAAACUCACAAAGGAUGUGCUUAUACAUGCACUUGGCAUCCAAUUUAAUAAAACAUGUUUGCUACAACUGGAAAUGAUGGUGCAAUGAGACUUUGGGAUUUGAAUAGUCCAUCAAAUAAGAACAUAGCAUCAAUCAAGGCUCAUAUGUCAGAUACAUUGAGUUGUGACUUUAACAAGUACGAAGAACUUAUUGCUACUUCCUCAGCUGAUAAAACAAUCAAGCUGUGGGAUCUCAGAAAUCUUAAGUACAAUAAUCAUAGAUUAUAAUAGAGCCCCUAUUUAAACUUUAUUAGGCCAUAGACAUCCUGUAAGAAAGGUUAAGUUCUCUCCUCAUGAAGCAAUUAUUUUGGGUUCUGCUUCAUACGACAUGAGUGUUAUGAUUUGGAAUAUUCAAGAACCAUCGAACCCUUUGAUGUAACAUAUAGUGUUUAUAGUAAUAGCAAAAAUCAUCCAAAACAUACAGAAUUUGUAGUUGGGCUUGAUUUUUCAAUUCAUACAGAGAAAUAGAUCUGUUCAGCAAGUUGGGAUGGAAAGGCAAUGAUUUGGUAAUGGGAUCAGGAAUAGCCAACAGUGUGAGUUUAGUAAUGAAGAGAAUGAUCUUUAAUUUUUA